ACACCGAAAAUAGUUCUGAAGUAUCAUCGAAUAAGCAGCGACGAGUUUUAGCCGGAGAAGUUGCUUCUCUCAUCCUCUGUUAUUUUGUUGUCGUUGCUUUGGUCGACUGUGUGCGUAUGCAGGAUACUCUGCAAAACAGUACUAGAGAAGAGAUGAGUCUGAAAUCGCAAGGAAGUUUUGUUAGAAUGAUUGAAUAUUGACUAGCAGAAAGAUUACGGGGAAACAUCAGACAUGGAUGUUGGGGGCAAUUCUCUACCGUCUGCACCUGAUGGGGUGAAGAGAAAGGUGUGCUAUUUCUAUGAUCCAGAGGUUGGGAAUUACUAUUAUGGGCAAGGUCACCCUAUGAAGCCACAUCGUAUACGGAUGACACAUGCUCUUCUUGCCCACUAUGGAUUGCUUCAGCAUUUGCAGGUCCUCAAGCCCUUUCCUGCCAGAGACAGGGAUCUUUGUCGUUUUCAUGCUGAUGAUUAUGUUGCAUUCCUUCGAAGUAUAACCCCUGAAACACAGCAGGAUCAUCUGAGGCAACUCAAACGCUUUAAUGUUGGCGAAGACUGCCCUGUCUUUGAUGGCCUCUACUCCUUCUGUCAAACUUAUGCCGGGGGUUCAGUUGGUGGUGCUGUCAAGUUGAAUCAUGACCAAUGUGAUAUCGCUGUCAACUGGGCUGGGGGCUUGCAUCAUGCCAAGAAGUGUGAGGCUUCUGGAUUUUGCUAUGUUAAUGAUAUAGUCCUCGGAAUCUUAGAACUUCUUAAACAGCAUGAGCGUGUUCUAUAUGUCGACAUUGAUAUUCACCAUGGAGAUGGUGUGGAGGAAGCUUUCUACACUACUGACAGAGUCAUGACUGUUUCUUUCCACAAAUUUGGUGAUUAUUUUCCUGGUACAGGGGACUUACGUGAUAUUGGGUAUGGAAAGGGAAAAUACUACUCUCUUAAUGUUCCGCUUGAUGAUGGCAUUGAUGAUGAGAGUUAUCAUUUCUUGUUCAAACCAAUAAUUGGCAAAGUGAUGGAAGUGUUUCGGCCUGGUGCAGUAGUUCUCCAGUGCGGUGCAGAUUCUUUAUCUGGGGACAGAUUGGGAUGCUUUAAUCUUUCAAUUAGGGGUCAUGCAGAGUGUGUAAAAUACAUGAGAUCAUUCAAUGUGCCCCUCUUACUACUGGGUGGUGGUGGCUACACCAUUCGGAAUGUUGCUCGUUGCUGGUGUUAUGAGACAGGAGUUGCUCUUGGAAUAGAAGUUGAUGACAAAAUGCCACAGCAUGAGUAUUAUGAAUACUUUGGUCCAGAUUAUACCCUUCACGUUGCCCCAAGUAACAUGGAAAACAAAAAUUCCCGUUAUUUACUUGAUGAAAUUCGAUCUAAGCUACUUGAGAAUCUUUCAAAGCUGCAACAUUCUCCUAGUGUCCAAUUUCAGGAAAGGCCUCCUGAUUCUGAACUUGGAGAGGCAGAUGAAGAUCAUGAUGAUGGUGAUGGGCGAUGGGAUCCCGAUUCUGACAUGGACAUUGGUGAUGACCGUGAGCUUCUCCCGAGAAAAGUAAAGAGAGAAAUUGUUGAACCUCAGCUUAAUGAUCUGGACCACCAGGGAAGAAGUGGAGAGCAUUUGGGAGACUCCCAUGCCGCAGUAGCUGAAACAUGCAUGAAGGCUUUAGAUAUUUGUGCUCAGCAAGUUGAUGAAGAAAGUGUGAAAGUUGAACGGGAUAAUGUGAAUGAUUUGGCUGGAGAGACGGAUCUGAAGUGUUAAGCGAGAUAGGUUUUAACUGAUUGGUGAAUUGCUAAUUGAAUGAUCCAUUCGUGCUGUCGCGUUUCAGAAAUAAUUGAGUGGCUGCUGCUUGGUUCCAUUGUUGUCAUCAUUGUAUACAUGCAGUAGCAUCUUCCUGAUGAAGUGCAAGUUGGCAAGUUUAAUUCUUUUAAUUACAUGACAACUGGUUUCUUUACCUGAUAUUUUGAUAUUACUUCUUGUUGGAGAAUAGUUAUUAGGUUAUUACGUGCUAUUGGACAGGGUUUAUUUUUCCUGCGCUGAUCUUCAUUUCUCAGUGUAUAUACAGACAGACAUGGAGAGAGAGAGAGAGAGAGAGACACGAACUCAGUUUGAUUUCUAUUUUGAAA